CGCACGAGGAAAACAGAAUAGAAGCGGAGUGAGGCAGCGAGCGCCCUCGAUCGUUUUCUUGUUCGCUUUCUAAGUCAUCGAAGAACCGUUUCUUUGAGAUCAACAGCCGAAUGGAUAAAGGUGGGAUGGACGCGGCGCCUCCUCCUCCUCCUCGAUCCCCUGCAUCUCUCAGGUGGUCGAUCCUCCGCAAGUCGCUCCUCCGUCGUCCCUCCGCCGCACCAGUUAUGACUAGCUUUAAUCCGCUCAAGUGGGACGCAGAUGAUCCCUCGGAAGUGAACACCAAGAACGUAUCCAGGAAAAGAGGUGGUGUCUUUAACCUGAUCCCGUGUCACCCGGUUGACGAUAGCGAUUCAGUGGAAGUCGUAGAAGCUACCCUGCGGGCAAAAGAUCUCGUCGGUCCACGUGAUGUCUGCACACGCUACAAAUUACCUUUGGAGAAUGGUCCUGGACUUGUUAUGAUCCAAAGAAUGGAGGAUUGUGUUGACCUAAAUGAUUUUGAGAUCUCCACUAGAUUUGAUAUCGACACCACGGGGUUAGUUUGUAGUUGGCCUUCAGAAGAUGUCCUUGCUUAUUUUUGCGUAAAUCAUCCUUUUAUGUUCCGGUCCAAAAGAGUGAUUGAACUUGGAUCAGGUUAUGGGUUAGCUGGAUUGGCUAUUGCUGCAAGUUCAGAUGCUCAAGAGGUGGUAAUUUCUGAUGGGAACCCAAAUGUUGUUGAUUAUAUUCAGCGUAACAUAAGUCUCAAUGCUCAAGUUUUUGGAGCUACAAAAGUACAAUCAAUGAUCUUGCAUUGGAAUCAGGAUCUAGUUUCUGAUGUGUUGAGUUCCUUUGAUGUUGUUGUUGCAAGUGACUGCACUUUCUUCAAGCAAUUUCACGAAAGCCUUGCGUGUACAGUCAAGUCUCUCUUGAAACGUUCAGAGGUCUCUGAAGCCAUUUUUCUGAGUCCUAAGAGAGGUGAUUCACUAGUCAAGUUUAUAGAGAAAAUCAAGGAAAUUGGGUUGGAUUACAAAUUGCUUGAAAACUAUGACACCCACGUCUGGAAUAUUCAUCAAAAACUCCUGAAGGGCGAUGACUCCACAUGGGCUAACUAUGACCCUGAUCACUGCUACCCUCUAUUGUUAAGGAUGAAUUUUCCUGCACAUGAAUAUAAAUGAAACAUUCAAACAGCAAGUCAGGCAUUCAAGAUCAUUCUUUAUCAUUAAUGAACAUAAUUGAUAAUUGUUGAAAAUAUGAUUUUUCACUUUUUUAUUAACUUUGUUUACAUAAGUUGGGAUUCGGUAUUGUUCGAGUUUGAUAGAUUGGUAUUUCUUGUUAGAAGAACUGGUCCUUUAGAACUGAUGACACCGGAAUAGCCCUGUUUGGUAGA